AUGGUUGAAAACAACCAGCUGCAUUUCCUGGAACCACCAGCUUCGGAUUCGGUUCUAGUUUCAGUUUCAGCUUCAGCCUCAAGUUCAGCUUCACGUCUAGGCAUGGCAGAGGCGGUCUCGGUACCUACGAGUGUAACGGAUACAUUCACUGUCGAUAAGGUGACAGAAGACCACAUACCGCUAUAUCACCCCAAUCAAACAUCAACAGUCAAUGUCUCCUACCAUUACAACCCCGAGGUGAGUCGAUAUCAUUACGGGGCCCUACAUCCCAUGAAGCCGUUCCGGUUGAUGCUCACAGACCACUUGGUCAUCCUGUACAAACUAUACGAGAAAAUGGACCUAUAUACGCCGCGCAAGGCUACAAAAGAAGAGCUCCUCCAGUUCCACUCGGAAGACUAUAUCGAUUUUCUUCAGUCGAUUACCCCGGAAACAUGCAAAAGCUUGGGCGAUGAGGCCCUCGCCAAGUUCAACAUUGGUGACGAUUGUCCCAUAUUUGACGGGAUGUAUGACUACCUGGCGAUAUACGCCGGUGCGUCCUUGGACGCCACGCGCAAGUUGAUUAGUGGCAUGUCGGAUAUCGCGAUAAAUUGGUCUGGUGGGCUACAUCACGCAAAGAAGUUUGAGCCGCUGGGGUUCUGCUAUGUCAACGAUAUCGUGUUGAGUAUCAUCAAUCUAUUGCGGGUGCAUCCUCGCGUGAUGUACAUCGAUAUCGAUCUACAUCAUGGCGACGGUGUGCAAGAAGCGUUUUACACUACUGACCGGGUGAUGACGGUGAGUUUCCACAAGUAUAACGGCGAGUUUUUCCCCGGGACGGGCUCCGUCGAUGAAGUUGGCAUUGGCAAGGGCCAGAACUUUGCAAUCAACGUGCCCUUGCGAGACGGCAUCGACGACGAGAGCUAUGUGCGGUUGUUCAAGCUGGUUAUGGAGCCCUUGAUCACCAAGUUUCAGCCAACGUGUAUUGUGCAGCAGUGUGGAGCCGACUCCUUGGGGUACGACCGCUUGGGCUGUUUCAACUUGAACAUCCAGGCGCAUGGCGAAUGUGUCAAUUUCAUCAAGAGCUUUGGCAUACCGAUGCUUGUCUUGGGCGGGGGCGGCUACACGCCAAGAAACGUGAGCCGGUUAUGGUGCUACGAGACCUCGGUGUUGAACGACGUGACGCUCGACCACAAGAUUCCAAACUACUUGCCCACCUAUGAGUGGUUUGGCCCCGAUUACUCGUUGCACCCGCAGUUGGAAGGAAGGAUCGAUAACAAAAACAGCCGAAAGUACCUCGACAGUGUGAAGCAAGAGAUUAUGGAGCAGAUCCGCUAUUUAAACCAUGCCCCUUCGGUGCAAAUGUACGAAAUACCCCCCGAUAUCACGGGACUCACGGAAGAAGAAGACAAGAUCAUCAAGGAGUUGAACGAAGAGAACGAAUGA